AUGUCAUCGAUAUUUGACUACCCGAUAUGUGUAAGAUGUACCCGAUAUGUACCCGAUAGUAUUGAUUUUGACCAGUGUGCACAAGUUGAGUUUAACGCACAAACUCAAAUUCAACAGAUUAAAACUUCCGAUAGACUUAGAUUUAAUUAUACACCAUAUAACAUUGAUUUCAGUUGUCCAAUUUUUCCAAAUAUUGGACCAAUAGUACGAAUUCAAGAUCCUAAACAUGCUAAGAAGACGGGACGUAAUGCAGCAAUGUCUGGUGCUCGAGCUCUCACAUUUGGUCAUUCUACUAUAGGAUUUAAUCAUUUUACAAAAUUGUUAUCUCAUCUCCAAAGUCCCAUGUAUAAGUCUGAUGUGUAUAAGCUUGAUCGUCAAGAUGAUGGUGCAGCUUAUCGAACCUUUUGCCCUAAAAAUUUGGCAUGUUGCCUUGAUUCUAAUAAUAAGAUCAAAUCCGAAUUCAAGGGCACAUUUAUAUAUCUAUUUAUAAUUGGUGAAUUGGUUGAUAGUUAUUUGAAUAGAAAUAUUUCACCUCUUGAACGAAUAAGAAUGGCAAUGACUUCUUAUUUUUUUUUGCGAAUUUGGCGAUUUCAUAUAAAUACAUUAGCACGAAAGUAUCCUGAAUUUAUUUCUGUAUCUCAGAACUUUAUUGCAUCUCAAACAUUUGCAAUAAUGACUUCAUUAGCAGAAUCAAUAGUUUUACUUGUAAAAGCUCAUAGAGAUUAUUAUAGUCAAUAUCCUCUUAUUCCUUGGAUUUAUGGUUCAGAAGCCUGUGAACAUUUUUUUGGAGCAGCACGGCAAAUUAAUGCUGAUUUUGAUUUUGCAGAGUUGUUAGAAAUGGUACCGAAAAUUGGCCACUAUACCAAAGCAUUAAAUUCAAAAGUAUUGUCUUUCAAUAAAGAGAAAUCUGUACGUGAUGGAUAUCAAUUUGAAUAUAAUAACGAAAUUAUUGAAUUUGAUCAAUCACGCCAACUAGCAUGUGAUCUUGCUGAAUUUCUAGGAAUGUUGACUCCCGAUAUUGUACCUAUUAAUUCACUUCGGCCUUAUAUCUUAAUAGGUCCUAAUGAUGGAGAAGUAUCUGGUUCAGAUAAUCAUGAUGAAUGCAUGCAAGAUUCAGAUGAGAAUUUUUCUAAUCUUGAUCUUUCUCAAAUAAUUGGUUAUGCGGCUAAAGAAGUGAAUCUUAUAAGACAAAAAGAAAAUGAAAGGGAAAAAGUAAACAUAAAUAAAGAUAGUCAAAAUUUGUCUUUAAAUGAAUGUCAAAAGCAACUUUCUUUUAUUGAUAUAGAUGAAACAUUGGAUUCAAGUAUAAUUAAUACAGAUAUUAAUAAUACUGAUACUACUAUACUGGUUACUGAAAAUGUAAUUGAUUUUCAAGAAAUGGUGUAUCAACGUGAGAAGCAUAAUGCUUAUAAUUCUCGCAAUAUUGAACGUACAAUUAAAACUAAUAGUACAAAAUUAUGCAAAUCUGGUUUAAUUAAACCUAAUCAAGCAAAUCAUAUUGUCUCAUUUUUUAGUAAAAAUGAAAAUGCUGAAAUGCGAAUUGUUAAACAACGUGAAAAGAGAUGGAAAAAUGAGCGAAAAACUAUGAGCCAAUCUCUUGCUACUUUUUAUGAAAAGGGGCAAUCAAAAAAACGGCAAAAAAUUUUAAUUGAUAAUAAAAAUUUAAUUGAAAAUAUUGAAUCAGCAAAUAUUAAUAGUCAUAAUCCUCUUAAUGAGCAAGAUUUUGUUCUAGUUGUUUUUGGAUUACAACUUUGUAUUGGACAAGUAAUUUCUAGCUUUUAUGAAGUAUAUGGAUAUUAUAGUUAUCAUCAAGAACCAAUUACAGACAUUUAAAAUAUAUCAUAUAUAACUCUCAAAGUUUUUACUUCUAUAUGUAAUAUUUUUUCAGCUUUAACAGAGGAGGGAUGUUUUUUAAUUACUCAUCAACAUCCAAAAAAUGUUAUUUAUCAUUUAAACAUGCAAGAUAUAAAGGUUUUUGAUGAUAAUACUCUUCAGUUAUUAAACAAAGCAAAAAUUUAUUAUAAUUUUUUUAAUUAAAAAGAAGUAAUUCAGAUAAUUGCAUAGAAUUUAUAACUUAGAGGUAAAGUUGUAUAAAAUUAUAAUAGGAUUAGAACUUAUAUUCUGAUUUUGUAUAAAGCUAUUAAU